GCGGCGGCAGCCUGAGAAGGGGGAGGGAAGGAGAGAGAAGCGGGCGGGAUUAUUAUGGGCUGUGGGUGCUGCUGCUGAGCAAGAUGGAGCUGUCUGCAGUGGGGGAGCGAGUGUUCGCGGCCGAAUCCAUCAUCAAGCGGCGGAUCCGAAAGGGGCGCAUCGAGUACCUGGUGAAAUGGAAAGGCUGGGCCAUCAAGUACAGCACUUGGGAACCUGAAGAGAACAUCCUGGACUCCCGACUUAUUGCAGCCUUUGAGCAGAAGGAACGAGAGCGUGAGCUGUAUGGGCCCAAGAAGAGAGGACCCAAGCCUAAAACUUUCCUCCUGAAGGCUCGGGCCCAGGCGGAGGCCCUUCACAUUGGGGAUGUACACUUCUCUGUCAAGCCUGGCUCUAGCACCUCCUCACCCAAGCUGCACUCCAGCGCCGCAGUGCACCGUCUCAAGAAAGACAUCCGGCGAUGCCAUCGCAUGUCCCGGCGCCCCUUGCCCCGCCCAGACCCCCAGAACAGCGGGGGUGUGGGUGGGGGGGCUGGCAUACGUCCUCCAGUCUCACCUUUCUCCGAGACCGUCCGCAUCAUCAACCGCAAGGUGAAGCCUCGUGAGCCCAAACGCAGCCGCAUCAUCCUCAACCUCAAGGUCAUUGACAAGGGUGGAAAGGCCGCAAGUGGAGGAGGAGGCCUGGCCCGGCCAAAGAUCCCCUCACGAAACCGUGUCAUUGGCAAGAGUAAGAAGUUCAGCGAGAGCAUCCUCCGCACCCAGAUCCGCCACAUGAAGUUCGGCACCUUCUCGCUGUACAACAAGCCGUCUGCUGCACCGGCCACAUCUCUGGAGGGCAAGAUGGAGGCAGGGGGCUCACAAGGUGCCUCCUGUGCACUGAUCAUGGGCUCCACCCCUUAUGAUGCCCGCAGCUCCAGCUCCUCAGGCUGCCCCUCUCCUACCCCUCACUCCUCCUCCGACCCAGAUGAUUCUCCCCCAAAGCUGCUUCCCGAGACCCUGAGCCCCGCCAUCCCUGACUGGCGCGAGUCGGAGGUCCUAGACCUGUCGAUCCCACCGGAAUCAGCGGCCACCAGCAAGCGCUCUCCCCCUAGGGGAUGUGCUGGGGGCCAGACACCCUCAUCGUCCCUCUCCUCUUCUGACCCGGAGCAGGAAGCUGGCGACUGGCGCCCCGAGAUGUCCCCCUGCUCCAACGUGGUGGUCACAGAUGUCACCAGCAAUCUCCUGACCGUCACCAUCAAGGAGUUCUGCAACGCAGAGGAUUUCGAGAAGGUGGCAGCGGGUGGAGGAGGCAGCAAGUGAGAAGUUGGCUCCCUGCUUUGGGGGGGUAGGGGAGGCUCUGCUGGAAGAAGUCAUGGUGUGAAUGGCUGUUGUUAGUUUUCUCCUACUCUCCCCCCUCCCCUUCCCCGGUUCUUUUUCUUUCUGCUCGGAGACUGUGGUGGGACUUGGAGGGCAGAGGUGUCUGAAGUUCCCAGAUGUCACAGCUGCGAGGGGUUGGGCUGGGGAAUGAUCAUUUGUCUUCAAAGAACAUGUUGUCAAACUGGUAUGGAGCCUGGACGACAACAGGUUGUGUGUAUGUUGGGGCUGGGUGGGGAAGGAUCCCCCCAUCUUUUCUGAAGAUAUGGAGAAGCUCCUGCUACUGGAGAGAUGGAUAAGGCAUUUGAAAGGGGCUGUGCUCCCCCCACCCCCUCCCCUCUGCCCUGCACUGUGUACACACUCUUCCACUUCUCCAGUUCUUCACCCUGCCUUCUCCCAGGGCAGCUCUGACCCUCUCCUUUCUCUGUGGCAUGGGAUGGCUGUCUCUUAUGAUCCAGCUUCAGUAGCUGUGGCUGUAUCUCUGGGAGAGGGACACUAUCGGGGUGUGUGUGUGGGGGUGGAACAGAAGGUAAAGCAUCAGGGCUAGAACGAGAUUGCAACAGAGCCUGAGUGGGGGGGUUGUACCCCUACAACACAUGCCCCCGGCUCACUUCCUUCUUGCUUUUACUAGUGGUGCUAACUUGGCAGUUGUAUGGGCACUUUGAGACCACCUGGGCCCUUCCUCCUCCCUUCUGCUCCUUCCCUUCCAGAUCUUCCAGUCUGCUCAGCUUUGUUGGGCCUGUCACUUCCAGCCUGGAUCUUCCUCCUCGUGUUCGUCAUUUGCACUUGCUCGGGUCUGAGGCAUGCCGUACCCUUCCUAAGCCUUUUCUAAUGGAAGUGGGAAAGCCACACGUCCGUCCAUCAAUUCAGGAGGAGCAAUGGCUUGGCAUGACAUUACCCCAGCCGGAUGAGGUCAGCAAGUCUUACCUCCCAGGGAAAAUAUAAGCCUCCGUGGCUCCACUGAAUCACUUCACAGGCCUUGUGUGUGCGAAGGAAGAUCUGCUACUCUUCCUGCUCAGUUUCAUCUCUUUCUGGUGGGUGGGUUGGAGAGAGUUCACCACAACCAUUUCCAGGAUCUGAAAUUGCCUCUACAAUUGUCAACCAAAGGUGCUAAGAACCUGUUGUAAGAAUUACCAGGUCUUACAUUUUUUGUGUGUGUGUGUGUGCGCGUGCGUGCCUGCCUGCCUGCCUGCCUCUCCUUCCCCUGCCCCCCACCCCACCCCCAAUUCCUUGGUUUUACAUGUUCAGUGUGAAAUUGGAUCUGGAAUCGCCACCACCCUCUGUAAUUGGAAGCAGGCAAUGAUGUGGCUUUCUCCACUUCCUUGAGACAUGCUCUUAUUGUCCAAGGUGCAAAAGCGCUCUUCUUUGCCAUUCCAUGGCUUGUUUAAUUCUAUGUCAGUGCUGAGCUUUGUGGCUAGAUACCCCUCCCUCACUUCCCCACUCCUCUGUUGCUGAAUCUGUGAAACACUGCGGUGUGGGGAAGAGAGGCUGAUAAAUUCAGUCUAAAUUAGUGUUGCAGUGAGUAUCUGCCUUGAUUCCAUAACCAUGGGGAAAAAUGGGGGGAGGGGGAUGUUGCCUGUUGUGGGAUCCAUAAUUAAUAAAUAUGCCUACAGGUGUGUGCGUACUGGCGGGGAGGAAAGAGGAACUCAGCUCUAAGGACUCUUCUCACACACACACACUGCCACCAAAAUAACUAAAUUGGGUGGAAUUCACCCCUUUUGUGGUUUUGCCUGCAGACACCCUGGAUUUGAAGGGUAUGUCUACACUACAAGCACUACGGCUGCUGCUACGUCACUGUAGCAUAGACACUUGCUACAAUGACAAAGGUGUUUUUCUGUCAGUGUAAAACCACCGCUUCAAGAGGCGGUGCUUGGUUGACAGAAGAAUUCUUUCACUGACCUGGCUGCGCCUACAGUGGGGGUUAGGUUGACCUAACUACAUUGCACAGGGCACAACAUUUUUCACAGCCCUAAGCAAUGUGGCUAGUUCGAUCUAAUUUUUAGGUGUAGACCAGCCUUAAAACUCACCUAUUGCAAAAUAAAUGUCCACACAGAGACUUGCAUCAGAAUUUUAAAAAGGUGUGAAUUCAAACGAGUUUAGUUCCAAUUUGUGUGUAGCCAAUCUGAGAGAUGAUCCCGCAUGUGGUUAGUUGUAUUCCCACACAACCACAACACCCCCCCCCCACCUGCCCAUCUUUUGUGGGUUUUUUAAACAAAACUUUUAAAAUCCAACAGCAUAUUUCAAAACCAGUUACAGGGUGGGGGAGACUUCCCCAUUCAUUCAUCAGUCCAAGGCUUCCUGUAAUUUGUUGGAUAUGUACGUGUGUAUGUGAAUUAAUACCUGCCUGUUGUCUUUGCUUUGUUUUGCAUCUUUCCUUCACCUUGCGCAUGCAGGGUUCUCUUAUUUCAUGGUAACUUAUUCUAAUGGCUGCAGCUUCAGAAACAAGCAGGCUGGGGAAAUGUGGGAGAUCUAUAUUGGGAGAAUAACAAAGAGACUUGUGUUAAAGAGAGAUGAUUUUAAAAAGGAAUUAAUUUAUGAGGCUGCAAGAUAAGAGGAACUAUUUUACAGAGUAGAUGCAUGCCAGCCAGUCACUUUUUUUUUUUUUAGGUUGCUUGGUUACUCUUGGCGUGUAUGUGAUGGCGUUCUUGUUUCGUGGUAAUAAAGUUCAGAAAUAUUUGAAAAGUUUAAGUGGGAGAAAAAAGGGAACUUUAAUAGGAAACUCUUGACAUGUUUUAGCCAAGAAAUGUUCACUUGGCAGAGGUUUCCCUCCCCCCCCCCUGCUGUCUGUUUGGUGUUCCUGGAUUGUUUUCAUAAUGAGGGGUUUUCGCCUUCCUCUGGAGCAUUGGCAGGAGGAUUGCAUGGGGGCUUGGUGACCCUUCUUCCUGGAAUUAUAAAGAGGGGAGAGGAGCACUGGGCUUUGGAGGAACUCGUAUCAUAGAUCAUCUCUCUGUAGGAAGGAAGUGCAAUCCAGACAGGGCAAGUAGCUUGACUGCUUGUGUCACCACCCUCCUGGGUGGGUCACCUGUGGGGAUUGAACCCUGAACCUCUGGAUCUAAAAGCAUGAGUCUCUAUUGCUUGAGCUUAAAGACCAGGCAGUAGUAGUCUCAUAAAUCUUUGUGUGGUCCAGCCACUAGAGGCUGACAAAACUCCACACUGGUAUGAAUGUGGGUUACGCUCACCUUCCAUCUCCGAUUUAUUUUUUCCUCCCUCCCUACAGGAAGAUAAAAGGGAGGUCCCAUCCAUGCUUUCAGAGAGGGCAUAGGGUUGGGGGGAGUAUUCAAAAGCAUUCCCCCCAAACCAGGGAAACAGUCUGUGUCUGUGCCAUGUUUAUUCUCUUGUUGUUGUGUUUUUAGAGGAGAUUUUAUGAUGGAAAGUGGAAAAAGUGAAAUGAAUAGUUUUGCAAAAAAAAAAAAAAAAAAGAAAGAAAAGAAAAGAAAAAAGAGAAGUUUUUAAAAAAUGAAAUUUCUAUAGUGGGAGAGAGAGUUUAAAAAUGAAUAAUAAAUGCAGUGAUUGCACAAACUGUAGUGGUAUUAGAUGGUUCUUAGAGAAGAGAGUAUUUUGUAGUGUUGAAGUGUGUGUCUGGGAUGGUAUUUGGCUCAUUGAACUGGAGGAGGGUGUCCUUGGGGUAACCAGCAAUUUCUGAUUUGAAGAGGCAAGUCCUUUUUUGGAGAAAACCCAUAUAAUUUACCCUUCUCUUUCCCACCUGCCCAAGUGUUGGAGGGAGUUCCAUCCAACAGCAUUACCAUUCCCCUUCCCCACCCCCUCUCCAGAAAUUAGAUGGAGGCUCUGUAUUUUUCUCCCCUUCACAGGUACAGUGGUGCCAAAGUUGUUGCAGAAUGGUAAAUCCUGACCUGAUGGGGUCUGGGCCAGGCUGGUAAAAUGGAAAUGGCAUGUGAGUGGAGCUGCUGAGAUCUCAGAUUGGCUUGCACCUUUCUUGCCAGAUAACCACCCCAAGAGCGGAAUAAAUGCUCACUUAGAACAAGGCAGAGCUCCCUUCCUUGUCUUAUUAUCAGCUCACUGAUUUCAAUGCUUAGUGGAAAUGGCAUUUUAAAUACAGAAUUUGCCACAGCAGAACCCGAUGUAGCCCAGUCUAGUUUGGUGUCCCACCUCUGGCAAUGGCCACUACCAGAUCUUCAGGGGAAGGCAGAAACCCCCCCGUGUACCUGAAGUUUCGGACAAGUGGGGAGCACCCUCUCCUUGGGAAGGCUGGGGUGUAUCAAGUGCAUGUUGGGGUAAGAGCCAGGGUGGCAUCGAUGAGUUUUUACUAGAGCAGGAUUGUAUUCUUCUGGACUGGGGGGGUGUGACUGUCCCAUAGUGGUGGAGGGAGCUUUCCCAGCCAAGGCUGCACUGUCUCUUUGCUGCAUAUUGUUCAUCUGCUGUGUUGCGGUGAUUGUAGGAAAGAGGAUGGGAACCGGACGUUGGGUCUGAAUGUAAUAAGUUACUAGAUAUGGGACUCUAAGAUGUCUGUCCUCUGUGCAUUUUGAGUAAAAAAAACAAAACAAAACUAUAUUUCCUCUUCUCUGGGCUGUUCUUGGGAACUCAUUUUCUCCACUCUUUACCCCUGAGCUCUGACAGUGCUCCUCUGUCCUGACCUACAGCUUCAGUCCUGAACUGAGCAUAUAUACUAAUCUCCUGUCUUUGCCCAGCACGCCAUUCUGGUCUUACUGAAUGAAGCUAGCAUAUGGGCAUGGAGCUGACAAGGAUACAAAGCCUUUGCAGGGAUGGGAGGAUGUAUGUAGGCCCAGUGGGGAGUUCUGCCUUCUAAUCUUAGGUGAGCCACUGUUGUGUAUUUUCAGGGGGUGGGGGAGUGUCUCUGCAUCUCUUGUACUUCAGUCACCCCUCUCCUCCCACACCAACUGGGAUGGAGGUAAGGUACCUUACCUCCUUUACCAAAUGGGUACUGUCCGAGCUGAGUCUUCCUGGGGAGUUAAAUCCCCUUCCUCGCCUCUGCUGUUAAGGAAAGUUUCAGGCGCUUUGCAAUAUUCCCAACAGUCAGUCUAACUUCCUUCAUGGACCUGACAGCAGUGCGGAUGGAGAGUGGGAACUCCCUGUGGAUAUCCAAGCUAAAGUACAGGUUGGGGUGGGGAGCAGGGAGUCAUUUCCCGCACUCCCGCCCUCCACACCACAUCAACAGUGGCAUCUGUGGAUGUGGUAUGGGCGGGGAGGAGAAGGUAGUGUAGCCAACUGGGGUGACUCUUCUCGCCAGCGGGUGUGGGAUUCCAGUUCCAUAGCCAGGGCUUGGCCAGGGAGGUGUAACAAACCAAGAAUGGGUGUCUGGCUAAGUGCUCCAUGUCCUUUUGGAGGAGUGCUUGUCCGUCCCCCACCCCUGCACCUCUAACUCUGAGGCUUUGCACUGUUUGGCCUGAUGUAUCCUUUGCUCCAGUGUUGCUUGCUUUGCUGCUUUCUGGAUUGCCCAAUAAUCAUGCAAGAGCUGGGAUCUUAUUUACUUUUUAUAUGAAAAAAAUAUAUUUAUAAAAGCAUCCCCCACAUAAUCCGUCCCAAUCCUUGUAUCAAACGCAUCAUAGUUCAGAGGGUUGCUCUUGGGGCUGGGAGCUAGGCAUUCCUGGGUUCUUGGAUUUCCUGUGACCUUGUGCAAGUUUCUUCUCUGCCCUUUGCCUCCAUUCCGCUGUCUGUACCAUGGGGACAAUGCCCAGAGGAUGCUGGGAGGCUAAAUUUAGUAAUGUGCGUAUAGAGCUAUAGAAGGGCUGAGUAUUGCUUCAUAACCAACUCAUUUCUUCCCAGAUAUUUUAUAAAUUCAUUGCAUUGUCACUCUGGCUUUGAACGAGGGAGCGUUUUGGCCCUCCUUCAAAAGUCCAAUGUGUACAUUUCUGAGGAGCAGAAUCUCUCAUCUCCUCUUCCCCACCCUUAUUUUUCCAUUUGCUACUUAACCUCCCCACGUCAGUUAUCCAACAUCAGAUCUGGGCAUCCCUGCUGCUCCUAGUCGCCCCCUCCCCCACAGUGAGGCAGUUGUGUUGACACUAUGUGGUCAUAUAUGCGCUCAUUAUAACAUGCUAUACACUUCCAGGGUUGAGAUAGCCCUCAUUGGUUUACAAGAAGUGGGGACUUCCUGGUUCCUUCUCUCUCUUCCCUCCCCCACCCCCCCCAACAUCUCAGUCAGGUAACAAAGGAAGAUACCAGUUUUUCUAGGGUUGUACCUCUAGCAGUUCUUCUGUCCUUCCCACCUUCUGCUGCCUAGCACAGGAUGAAACCCUACAAGACCGUCCAAAGUUCUGUCUUUGAUCUAGAACUGCAUCCAAGACAUGCUUCCACCCAAACAGGAUACCUCCAUCUGUUAGGGAUGUUCCUCUCAUGUCCCUCAAGGGGGUGCUGUCUGGGAUCUUCUGCACAGACAGCAUGUUCCGUCUGGGGGGUGAAGUGCUCCACUUUUGCCCUCUCUGGCCAAUCUAAAACUGCUGUGGGGAAGAGGGUAUUGAGAUAUGGCUGCAACUGGGGAAAUAGUGUGAAAAAGGUAGAGGAAAGAGACAGGGUGAUACCCCAAAGGAGAGCGUCGGUAAGAGAAAUCAGAGUAAUGUGAUCUUAAAUAUUGGCAGUGGUGGGUGAUUCAAGAGAGAUUAAUUUGAUGGGGGGCAAUGGCAGGUUAAGUAGUUUAAACAUUAAUCCCUGUGUUAACUAAAACCCCAUGAUGCCCCGAUUCAGCAAAGCAUUGAAGCACAUGCUUAAAUCCAUCCCUGUUCAGCAAAGCACUUAAAGCAUGCACAAAACUUUAAAGCGGGUGGUUAUGGAUCUAAGUACUUUUCUGAAUUGGGGCCUCCUACAGGAAAUGUAUCUUUAUAAAUCCAAGUAAAUUUUCCCCAUUAUUGCAGUUUUCUUCUUUGCACUUCUGCUAUGAUAGUGAAAAUAGCUUGGUCAGUAUCACUUCCUGGUUCCCCGGGAGUAGCCCUGACUCUUCGCAGGUGGGUUUCCUUGUUGUGGGGGGAGGAAACUUCAUUCAAGUUCUGAAAAUAAAUAAAUAAAAUCUACGAUUAUAAUUUUUUAAAUCUAAAUUUUGGAGCUAAACUACAUGCCAUGCCCCUCUUCCCCUUUAACAGUACAGGAUUCUCAUUUUUUAAACAAAAUGUUGGGUGGAAAAUUGCAAGGUGGUGGUGGGAAAUUUGGGCUUGCCCAUCUGCCUCUUCCCUCCACCUCCCCAGGUGCCAAGCUGAGACCCAAAUCCUGCAGACUUACGCAAGUACUUAACUUUAAGCAGGCGAGUAGUUUCCCUGAGGUCUAAAGGUACUUGGGUGCUUCAAGCUAAGCAUGUGCAUAAGUCUUUGCAGGAUCAGGGCCUUAUUCUUUAUCCCAGAGAGAGAUUUUAAUGUAAUUUCUAUAAUGGUGAUGGUCCUGAUGCAACCCAUGUACCCUCCCUACCCACCCCACACUUGGCAUACAGGGUAUGGCUACCCUCUAAGCUGGUUGUGUGAUCCCAGCUCGAGGAGACAUUCGCACUACUUCUUAUUGAGCUAACGCACUAAAAACAGAGUGUAACUGUGGCAGUGCGAACUGCGGGACAGGCUAGCCGCUCUGGGGUCUCAGACGGGCAUGUACUCGGGGCAACUAGCCCAUCCUGCGGCUUGUGCCACGAUGGCUGCAUUCUAUUUUUAGUAUGCAAGCUCAGUGAGAGCUGGUGUAAGUAUGUCCCCUCAAGCUGGGAAUCACACACCCGGAGCCAACUGGAGACAUACCCAGAGAGGGGAGGUGGUGACUCUUUUUUAAUUUAAAAUAAACCUAAAUAUCUUGUAACUUUUUUAUUUUGAAAAAUGCAUUUAAUUAAAGAAUCAUGCACGAAUGAAUUGUAUAUCUAUAUAUUUUUUUGUCUUGUAAUUUUCAUUUUUAAAUAUAGUGUUUGCGUUUGUUUAUUUUAAUCCAGUUCCCAGCUGGCUAAACUCUGUCUAGAGUGGAUGGAUGGGAUGCGGGGUGGGGCGAUAGGAUCCCCCUCCCAUUGGCAUUUCCAGCGGAAAAAUGGUUUGCUCUGGGUUUGGGGGCGGUUUGUGCUAAUUACUCUUGUAUUCUUGUACAUUUUGUUCUUUCUGCUGCUCUUGAGUAUUGUAUCGAUGCCAGAAAUGGGGAGUUAAAGAAAAUUAUUAACCCCAAUAAAUUGUUACAUUCCAAAA